UUUCAAGCACACAAUUGACCUAGAUUGGUUCCUAUUUUGUUGCUCAUGACAACAAAAGGAAUCGGAAGGUAAAGAUGUCUGGUUUACCUCGAGAAGUUCUCAAAUGGAUCCAGAGCCUGGACCUCACGUGGCAAAUAAAGACGCCUAAGUGGGACCUGACAAAUGGAUACCUCGUGGCGGAGAUAUUUUCAUGGUACUUCCCACAGGACAUUCAGAUGCACUCUUAUAACAAUGGAACUUCAUUAGACUCAAAGUUAAGAAAUUGGAGUUUACUCAAACUGUUCAUUAAAAGACACAACCUGGAUAUAGCGGAGGAGUUGUUAGAAGGAACUAUCCAUUGUAAGGAGGGGGCCUCCACACUUCUAACGGAACGCAUUUAUGAAAUUUUAACCAACAGAAAAGUUCGAAAACAAACAAAGGACGAUGAAAUUGAUUUUACCGACCGAGCAUAUCAGAACCGAUUACCCAUGCAUGCCCGAUCAACAGCCUCUAAAGCCGUGAAAAAUAACCUCAGGAUCACAGAAACAAUGGCGGACCAAAACCUCAUCCUCAGCGCUCAAAAGUCACAAAAAAUUAUCAACGACCACAUAGAACAUCGGCGUCAGGAGCGGUACGAGAACCCUGUACGAUUUAAUGUGAAGCCAACGCUUGGAGAGAGGAGCUUACGUAGACCUCCUGUACAGCCAAAACAACUCACAUAUGAAACAGACAGAACACUGGACUCCAUCGGCAAGGAUGGACCCCACCCAGAAUUACCGGCGUACUCCCGUGAACCAAGUGUACAGUUUAAAGAGAUACAGGUGAACCAGUUGGACAAGUCAGCACUUUAUAAUAUGCCUGUCCAGGGUUUCUAAACAAAUUAUUCUACAAAGUCAGUUAAAUGUGCAGAAAUUUGAUUAAAUGAACAUAUGAAAGAUCUUUAAAUUGGAUCUUCUGUGAAACCUUUGCAAGUGAUCUUCAUGAGACCAUAUCAGUCAAGGGAGACAACUUUAUAAUAGUCAAGGGAGACAACUCUACAAUGCCCAGGUUAUAUAUAGCUGUAACUGUGUGAAGUCCUGCUGUAGGAUCACCUGUUUGUCAGGUCCUGUUUGGUAGCCGUCUGGAGUUUGAAGGAUGUAAAUUGACUAUUUAUUGAUACAAACUUUAGGGAGCUGGUAUAUAUGUUAAUCUGUGUGGUUCGAUUAUAACCGCAAAAAAUAUCUCAUCAACUUAAUGUUAUACCUAUAUCUGUGAUACAACUUAUGGUACAUCGGUACGGGACGACACAAUCUAAACUUUAUCUGGGAAGUAAAGAAUAUUACAGAGAGUAAAAGUUAUAAAGGUUUACAAGUUAUAAAGAUGUACAAGUUAUAAAGAUGUACAAAUUAUAAAGAUGUACAAGUCUUAAAGGUGUACAGAUUAUAGGUGUACAAGUUAUAAAGGUGUACAGAUUAUAAAGGUGUACAGAUUAUAGGUGUACAGAUUAUAAAGGUGUACAGAUUAUAAAGGUGUACAAGUUAUAAAGGUGUACAGAUUAUAGGUGUACAAGUUAUAAAGGUGUACAGAUUAUAAAGGUGUACAGAUUAUAAAGGUGUACAAGUUAUAAAGGUGUACAGAUUAUAGGUGUACAGAUUAUAAAGGUGUACAUUAUAAAGGUGUACAUUAUAAAGGUGUGCAAGUUAUAAAGGUGUACAGAUUAUAAAGGUGUACAGGUAUAUCGUUUGUAUGUAAUCAUGUCUGACAAUUUCUGGAGUUGAGCUUGGUAUUGAUAAUGAUGUGAUAUUAUUAAAAUCCUAUUUUUCAUUGUGAGAUUGGAGUGCCACAACAAUGUUGUAUCUGAUAAAGUUUAUUAUCAAUUUGUGCCACAAUAUCUGUCCAAGAUAUCACAGAGUCAAUCAUGUUCUUCUGUACAAACAGAUGUGAUAAGUAGAAAUUCAUUUUGUAAAAAGUACUUCAAUAUUUAAAAAUGUUUCCGAGAACUAUUAGAAUAAGUCGAGUACAUGUAUAUGAUGGGAGAGGAUUCCUCUUUGUAAGAGCCGUCGUAAUGAAGACAACAUGCCUUUACUGCAAUUUUUGUUUUGUUAUGAAUGAUUCAUAUUUGUAAAAAAAAUAAACAUAUGAAAACUGAACA